AUGGUUAAAGUCACAGUUGCAGGAGCCGCAGGAGGUAUUGGCCAACCAUUAUCUUUAUUGUUGAAAUUAAAUACCAAUGUCACUGAAUUGGCAUUGUUUGAUAUUGUCAAUGCUAAAGGGGUUGCUGCCGAUUUAUCCCACAUCAAUACGCCAGCAGUGGUCACUGGCUACCAGCCAAAGGACAAAGAAGAUAAAACAGCUAUUGUGGAUGCUCUAAAAGACACUGAUGUUGUCAUCAUCCCGGCUGGUGUCCCCCGUAAGCCAGGAAUGACUAGGGCAGAUUUAUUCAACAUCAAUGCAUCUAUCAUUAGAGACUUGGUUGCGAAUAUUGGAAGAACUGCCCCCAAAGCUGCAAUUUUAAUCAUUUCCAACCCCGUCAAUUCAACAGUUCCCAUCGCAGCACAAGUUUUGAAGAAAUUGGGUGUGUUUGAUCCCAAGAAGUUAUUUGGUGUAACCACCUUGGACAGCGUCAGAGCUGAAACUUUUUUUGGUGAAUUAACAAAUACUAAUCCAAACACUUUGAAGGGAAAAAUCUCCGUUAUUGGUGGCCAUUCGGGUGAUACUAUUGUUCCAUUGAUCAACUAUAACAAGCUGGUUGGUUUGAUCAGUAGCAAAUCACAGUACGAUGAUUUUGUACACCGUGUUCAGUUUGGUGGUGACGAAGUUGUCAAGGCUAAAAAUGGUGCUGGUUCCGCCACUUUGUCGAUGGCCUAUGCUGGCUACAGGUUUGCCGAAUACGUGAUUGACUCCUUAUCUGGACGUUCAAAGAACGAAGCCAUUCCUGACUCUGCCUACAUCUACUUGCCAGGUAUCCCAGGUGGAAAAGAAUUCUCUGAUGCCCAUUUGCAGGGAGUCGAGUUCUUUUCAGUUCCAGUAUUUUUGAGCAAUGGGGCAGUCAGUUCGUUUAUUGACCCCUUUAAAUCACUUCACGUCACCGACGAUGAAAAGAAACUAGUUGAAAUUGCGUUGAAAGGAUUGAAGGGAUCAAUUGAUCAAGGUGUGCAAUUUGUUGAUGCCUCUAAAUUGUAA